UUUUCUCUAGCUAGGGUGUCACAUUCUUGAGAAUGCUACAUAGUAUCUGCCCUAAGCCCCUAGAUGAAUCCCAAGUUGCUAAAGCUUGAAGAGGAUGCCCAUAUUAUGAUGGCAUGACAUUAUAUAUACAAGUGGCUAUUUUUUUUAAGGAAGGAAAGGGAAGGAGGGGGUUUUGUUAUUUUGGUUUCUUGAUUCUAAAAAGAGCGGGCUCAAACUUGAACUAAAAAGACUCUCAAAUCCAUUUUUUUAAAAAAAAAAGAAAGAAAGAGAAAAACCCUCUUUUCUUGUUGUCAAAAUAUCAGAAUCAUCAACUCUUGAGUCUUAGAAUUUGAAAAAAAAAAAGAGAAAAGAAAAUGGAAUUGGAUGACGACGACUGGGGUUUAAGCGCUGAAGAAUUUGAUUCCCUUGAAAGAGACGCUCUCCUGAAGAUAGCAUCUCAACAACAACAACAGCAACAACAGCAACAGCAACAGCAACCUUCUGCUUCUUCUUCUUUUAAUCAACAACAAAACCAGCAAUUACAUUUUAGCAACAAACCCAUCUUUAAUUCUCCUUCAAAAAAGGUUGAUCCUUUGCCUGAUGGCUUGCCCAAAUCAUCGCCGGUAUCAAAACCAAAACCUGUUGAAAGUUCCAAGGCAUUACCAAAGCUCUCUGUCAAGUUUAUUCUUCAUGCUACUGGAAACAUUGCCGCUAAAUUUUUAUACGACCCUGUACUAGUAGGGGCUCUCCGCAAGGUCCCCAAAGCCAAUUGGAAUGCAAAAGAAAGGUUGUGGAUUUUCCCAGUAUCUUCUUUGUUGUCAGCAGAAAAAGUUCUUAGUGAAAUAUCUGGCUUUAAUGUUGAGGUAGAAAAGUUAGACACCUUGGUGCAACGUGCUAUUGCUGCUGCUUCUGUUGCUCCAGAUCUUCGAGACUGGUAUGACAGGAUACCAGACCAUAUUGAAUCAAAGCUUAUGCCUUUUCAGCGGGAUGGUGUUAGGUUUGUUUUACAACAUGGUGGGCGCGCACUCCUAGCAGAUGAAAUGGGACUGGGAAAGACUUUACAGGCUAUUGCUGUAGCAGCAUGUGUUCGUAAUUCCUGGCCUGUUCUAAUACUUGCACCCUCUUCCUUGCGUUUGCAUUGGGCUUCAACGAUUCACCAAUGGCUUGAUAUUCCUUCAUCAGAUAUACUUGUUGUUUUAUCGCAAUCGAGUGGAUCUAACAGAGCUGGAUUCAAUAUUGUAUCAAGUUCUAGGAGCACUAUUCGCCUUGAUGGCUUAUUUAACAUCAUCUCUUAUGAUGCAGUCCCUAAGUUGCAGAACAAAUUAAUGACAUCAGAGUUUAAGGUUGUGAUUGCAGACGAGUCACACUUCCUGAAAAAUGCUCAAGCAAAGAGGACAACUGCCUCGCUUCCAGUUAUAAAGAAAGCUCAAUAUGCAAUAUUGCUCAGUGGAACCCCUGCUUUAUCCAGACCCAUAGAGCUUUUUAAGCAGUUGGAAGCCUUGUAUCCUGAUGUAUACAAGAAUGUUCAUGAAUAUGGUAACCGGUAUUGCAAGGGGGGAAUAUUUGGAGUUUAUCAAGGUGCAAGUAACCAUGAAGAAUUGCACAACUUAAUCAAGGCAACAGUGAUGAUACGCAGGCUUAAAAAGGAUGUCCUUUCUGAGCUUCCUGUGAAACGACGACAACAGGUAUUCCUUGAUUUGCCUGAAAAGGACAUGAAACAAAUCAAUACUUUAUUCCGUGAGUUGGAGGUGGUAAAAGGAAAAAUUAAGGCUUGUGCAUCAGAUGAAGAGGUUGAAUCACUGAAAUUCACAGAGAAGAAUCUUAUUAACAAGAUAUAUACUGAUUCUGCUGAAGCCAAGAUAUCUGGAGUUCUAGAUUAUCUGGGAACUGUCAUUGAGGCAGGAUGCAAGUUUCUGAUUUUUGCUCACCAUCAAUCCAUGAUUGAUUCAAUACAUGAGUUUCUUCUUAAAAAAAAAGUGGGCUGCAUCCGAAUUGAUGGCAAAACCGCUGCAGCUUCAAGGCAAGCAUUGGUAACUGAUUUUCAGGAAAAGGAUGCUAUCAAGGCAGCAGUGAUUUUUUCGGAAGAGUAUUGGGUAAGAUUAGCAUUACUCUUGAUACUAUGUUUCAAAUUGACUGAAUUUUGGUGCAAGUUGUGCGUUGAGUUGUUAUGGUUUAUCUGUGAAAAUGUAUUUGUGAAGCUAUCUAUUAGAGCUGGAGGUGUUGGGUUAACUUUAACAGCUGCAAGCACUGUUAUUUUUGCGGAAUUGUCUUGGACACCAGGUGACCUAAUUCAAGCGGAAGACCGUGCUCACAGGAUUGGUCAGGUUUCUUCAGUCAAUAUAUACUACCUGCUAGCAAAUGACACAGUUGAUGACAUCAUUUGGGAUGUUGUUCAAAGCAAAUUGGAAAAUUUGGGACAGAUGCUCGAUGGGCAAGAGAAAACCUUGGAAGUUUCAGCCAGCCAGCAGAGAAGCAGCCCUGCGAAGCAGAGAACACUAGACACUUACAUGAAGCGAUGUAGCAAUUUGGAUGACUCUGAACAUCAGCCUAAGCUCAAAUACCCCAGGCACUGAAUGACUUGCAAUGGAGAAUGGAAGUGUAUUUAUACAUGCACAUGCAUUGUUUGCUGUAUGCAAUGGUGUUGCUAUCAUAUUGCAGGUUGUUUCCCCAGUCCUCUCUGCGCAAGUGGGAUUAUUAGUCAAUUGGUGCAUGUCAGCACUCAUACGAGAACGACCCUUGAAUUAAAACAAUCAAAUUGCAGACUGCUACACUGAUAUAGGCUUGUAAAUGGUUGUGUAAUGAUAUUCAUUUGUAUAGCAACCACUGCUGGAAAUCGCUGUUUUUUUACUAGUUUUUGGAA